UAUUUCUUGUGCGGGUCCCUGGAGAGAGAGAGAGCUCGGCAGCAGCAGUCGUAUGGGAAGGGAAAGCUAGAAUUCUGGGGAUUUCUGUGGAUCGCUCGUCCGACUGGUGAACCAUUCUCUGGUCUGAGGAGAUAACGACACAUUAGAAAUGUCGGGGCAUAACGAAGAAGCGCAGACGGUGGAGGAGACUUUAGUGGACGAGAAGGAGGUUCAGGACAAGGUGAUCAGUCCUGAAAAGGCAGAGGAGGCUAAACUGAAAGUCAGAUACCCACACUUAGGAAAUAAACCCGGAGGCUCUGAUCUGCUCCGCAAACGGCUCCAAAAGGGGCAAAAGUAUUUUGACUCAGGCGACUAUAACAUGGCUAAAGCAAAAAUCAAGAACAAACAGUUGCCAACAGCUGCACCAGAGAAGACUGAGAUCACGGGCGACCACAUCCCCACCCCCCAGGACCUGCCCCAAAGGAAACCCUCUCUGGUGGCCAGUAAACUGGCAGGCUGAUGCCGCAGUGACAUCUCCUGCAGCACCUCCCAAACCUAACCCUCUCCCCUCAAGUCCUGGAGCUGUAACACUAACUGUUCCACCCCCUCUUCCCACAGUUCCACCUGUUCCCCCAUUCUCAGCUUCCUCAACCCAACUCGACAAGAUCCCACGUCUUUUUGCUCAGUGAACUGAUACUUAUAUUUUACUUUUCACUCCACUUGUCUUUGUUCCUCAGUACCUCCCUUAAAUGACUGCCCUUCUGUCUGUCUGUCUGUCACUGUCCUCUUAACCUUCCGUGGUCCUUUUUUUAAAUAUGUUUGUUUAUCAUUACUUCUGUGUGAGAUACACUGAAAGACAGGAAAUCAAAGUGUGAAUGUGACAAACAGACUGUGACUCUUCUGUGCAGUGAUGGACGAUCAAUACUAUGGUGUUUGCAGACUGAAGAGAGGGGCAUGAAGCGAAUGGUGCAUCGUGUGAUUGAGGGCUUUGGUAUAGACAUCAGGAUUCCACUGUGUAUGUUUGUUAGCGUGUGUGCGUGCGCAUGUGUUUUUGCUUUUGUUUGACACAGUGACAGAUGUCAGUCUUUUAGUAAGUUAAACAUCAAAUCUGUGUCAUUCACUGUAUAUCCUCAUAAUGAAUUAUGCUGUCAAUAUGCUUGAGUGACUGAGUAUAGUAUAUAACCCAGAGGCCAAGCUUGGUGACAUUGAUUGUGAAACAUGGGGGGGGGGGGGGGGGGGGGUCAACUAUGUGUGUUGCAGGGCUCCCAAAUGCAAACCUGUCUGGGCUUUAAUUUGACUUCAUUGCGGCCGACUGAACAGACAUUUAAACAUGCUUAAAAGCUUGGAAAGCAGCGGAAAUAUCCUCGGACGGCAAGUGAUGAUUCAUUCAAAAUAUCUUGAAACUUGUAGUGUUUAAAAGGUUUGCACUGUAUUUCUAGUUCCAAGUUGCCAUGAAUGAGGCAUCAUCAUGCUUGUUGACGGUAAACAGGACCUGAAAGCUAAACCCCUGUCAGUAGGGACCAGUCUUUGUUGCUGUGAGUAAAAAGAAAUAAAGAUCUAUAUAUACUGGGAGGGAGCAGCUUGUAACACUGGGAACAAAGAGUCCAAUAAAUUGUGUUCAAAUUUGGGGGUGAAAUGUAAGUAGUUUUAUCUUAAAAUGGUCCUGGGCUCUGUGUAGUGCUUUUCCAGGGACCUUGCUGACUGGACAAAGUUUACCUGUGAUGUGGAAAAAAUCUAAGCUAGUGCUACAUCGGUCCAAGCUGUGCAUGUAUGUGGCUGAUCUGCUGUCACUCUAUGCCAUUUUGUUUUGUAAAUAAAAUAGUUUUGCACAAAUGUUUAA